GCAUUUCUCGCGCUCCAUUAGGGUUCCGGCGGGCUCCCACCGUCUCUCCUCGGAGGUGCAAUUCCGACCGUCCUUCUCGCUCGCUCGCUGGAACGCGCCGCGCGAGAUUGCCAGCGACAUGGACAGCAAGAAGUUGGUGCGAAGCGUCCUGAAGUCGUUCCUCCUCUCCGACGCUGCGGGCGAGGACGGGGCCAAGGGCGACCAACCUGACGUCCGAGGAGAGGCCGGCGGGGUCACCGCGGAAGCACUGGCGAGGGAAGUGAAGAUGGAGCUCGGCGAAAGUGGAGGACGCGUCAUUUGUGAGCUUUCAGAUAGGAGGUAUGUGACUCGUCAAGAUUAUAACGGCACAAAUAUGGUAUCGAUAAGGGACUACUAUAUCAAAGAUGGAAAGAAUUUCCCAGUGCUAAAGGUGAUUGCACAUGUAUAACAUUCUCUCCUCUAUCUAAAUCAACAAUGAUGCUCUUGUCUUUUUAUUCUAGCUGGUUCAGGUAUAAUAAUUUUGAGUGGUCUUUCUUACUCUUUGCUGCCUGUGAGCUUUCCUAAGGUUUGAUGACAAUGGUUUAUCUGAUCACUGAUUGAUGCUGCAUAUAAUUGACACUAUGUGUUUAUGUCUUUAAUAUCUGCAAUUCCAACUACUUCAGUGGCUUUUGCUAAAAGAGUAUGUUUGUCUCAGUAUAAUUCUUUGGGUUUCUAUCAACACUGUGCGUCUCUUUCUCUUGUAUUGACUCCAUAAUGCUGCUCUUGGCGUAAAGUUGUAUAAAUGUGUUUUGGUGGCCUCUGAACCUCUAACUAUAAAUAUUUACUGUAAUGUGCCGAGAUUGAAAUCCCAUAGCAAGUCAACUCCUUUGGAGCUUUCUAUGGGUUUGCAUUGGCUUGGGAAUUGUUAUAUGUGUAGAAGACAACAAAACGUCAAAUAUGAUCAUAUUAUUGAGGCAAGAGAUACAUGGAAGUUAUGAGUGUGAUAUGAGCAUAGUAAGUAAGGAAGUGUCUGAUAUACAUUUACUUACCCUUUUCUCUAUAUCUCCAAGCAUUAGAGCACUGUUGCACGGAUGGGUCUCUCUUUCUCUCUCUCUGCUCAUCCAACGUCCAUUACCUUCAUCUCAAGCCUAUAUGGAAGGAUGACACAUCCGUGAACUAUCUGAGAAGAUUACUAUAACUUAUCUUUAGGUCCAAGAACUAUUUUUGCUUAUUUGUUAUACUACCUAGUCAUAAAUGUUAAUGCUGUACAUUGCUAGCUUACUUUUCUUUUGUCACACUAGAUUUUUGUAGUCCUGUAUGUUUUUCUGAAUUUUAUGACCAUUUUUGUCCAUGUUUUUGCUGGAUUUGUAG